AUGCCUGGCUCCAACACGUCAGACGUCUCGCCCAUGGCCCGCAGCCCGCGCUCGUCGUCGCCAGCCGCGCAACGAGGCUCAGAAGAGCCAGGCCGCCUCUUGUCACCGCCUCCUCGGCCGGGCCACGUCAACGAGACACAGGACCUCUACAACCCUUCGCCCUCGGACGCCGCCCCCAGGAUCAUGCGCUCCGCCCCGACCGGCUCGCCCUUGUCUCCCAAAGAGCCCAACGAAUUUCCCUUCAAUGCGCCCGCCAGUGCCAUUGGCGGCAAUGGUUCCGCCGAACCUGCGGAGACGCCCCUUCGAGCCCCAAAGCCAUCCUCGCACAUGUCCAAUGGCUCCACCGGCUCCUACUACCCGCCCUUUGCGCCCAUGUCACGGCACCCGACCGAGGGAGAGCUGUCCGACACGCCCCGAGAGCGAAAGAGCGUCCAGUUCGCUCGCCCGACAACACUCAACUCGGACUCUAUCCAGGCGAAUUCACGCCAGCAGUCAUGGGAAGCCGACGAGAGCGAUGGCAAGGGCAAGGAGCGCAGCACACAAGCCUCGUCGCUGAUAGGCAAGCUGAGGGCCCUGGCAUCGCCCAUCCAGGGACAUGGCCGGAGCCUGAGUGUCCUGGGAGGAGCGUCGUCGGGCCACGAGGGCUCGCCCCACGGCCAGCUAUCGCCCACAUCCGAACUCGACGAGCCGCGAUUCGAGGCGCACGACAGUGAGGCGGACGCAGAUGCUGAGUCCAGUGCCGGUGAGGGCGCCUCACGAUCCAGACCGAGACAGAAACGGCGGAAGAGUAGCCGCCGCUGGUUUGACGGCGAGGCCGAAGGCACACAGACAGCCCCGACAACGCCAAAGCAAUCGGGCGGUGGCUUCUUCUUCUCGAGGGACUCGCCCACCAUGACUCCCACCUCUACGCGCCCGGGCUUCCUGCGUCGAUCCACGAUGGACGACAUACCCGAGAACGAGCGUCAGGGCUACUCAGAGGACGAGGGGCGCUCGCGCAUAGCCAAGGAGAGUGCUUGGACACGUGGACUGCAUAGCGCCAGAGGCCUGUCAUACGGCGGUCUGCGACGACACGACCCAAACAGCGAAGAAGAUGGCCAGCAAAGCCGGCCAGCGGGAAAUCUGCGAAGCCUGACAACGUUUAGAAAUGCCCAUGGCGACACACAACCUUCGCCAUGGAGGAUGCGUAGCGAGCGCACAUCAAGCUUGAGUGCUCAAAAGUGGAAGUCAAUCAAGAACAGUCUGAAGCUUUUAGGAAACAGGCAAAAGGUGGAGCGCCAGAUUGACCAUGCAAAGUCGGCCGAACUCAUGGCCGAACUGCUUGCUGGAGCCCCUGCUGCCCUGUUCCUGGCCAGUAUGUUCCAGCGCGACGAGCACGGCCACAAGCGCAUUCCUGUCCUGCUCGAACAGCUCAAAGUUAGCAUUACCGAUAGCGACCGCCCGGGAAAGAAAGAGAGCGACCGCCACACCGCUCUGCGCAUCGAACUGGAGUACGGCAGCGGCCUUACACGAAUGAAAUGGGUCGUCUACAGGAGCGUCGCCGACUUUGCCAAUUUGCAUCUCAAGUUCAAAGUUCAAGAGAAACAAGACGCUUUCCGGAGCCGGCCUGCGAACCGCGCGCGCGAGAUCAAGGACAAGGCCGCCAAAGAUGGCGAGGAAGACGAAGAAGAAAAGGACGACCCCAGGACAAAACUCCCCCGCUUCCCCAGGAGUGUGCUUCCCUACCUCCGAGGUCUCAGAGGCUAUGGUAUUCUGGAUGACGAAGGCGAAGAGGAGGAGGAGGAGACUGCGGUCGGGGGUGCUGCCAGCGGUCCCGAAGGCGAUGCCAGUGGUACGGAACGACCCAAAGGAAAGCGAGGCAAGUCGUCCUUCUUGGGUCGGAGACAAUCCAGCGUUAGUGGCAGUCAGGCUCAAAGCGCCGUUGGCGCACUUGUAGUAAGACAGGGCAGCUUUGUAGGAGCCUCCGGUCAGCCAGCCCAGGCAAAACAGACCCAUCACGAGCGACAACGGAAGAAGCUGGAACAGUACUUGCGCAGCUUGAUGACCUAUCUCAUCUUCCGCCCUGACAGCAACCGGUUGUGCAAGUUUCUCGAACUCUCUGCCCUCGGUGUCCGACUGGCAGCUGAGGGUGGCUAUCACGGCAAGGAAGGGUAUUUGAUGAUCAAAUCCUCAAAAGGUGUCGAUAACAGAAAAGGCUGGACCAAGGUUUCCAUGAUCAAUCGCCACUGGCCAAAAUGGUUUCUUGUAAGGCACAGCUACGUCGUGUGCGUAGACUCCCCAGAGGAGAUGAAUGUCUACGACGUGUUUUUGGUGGAUGCCGACUUCAACCUCGAAUCCAAGUCAGGCAGGAUACGAGACAAGAAAGCAAGAGACAUUGCAAGCGAGGCAAAGGCAUCCGCAACGGGCCAUCACCAGCUGAAGCUUGUCAAUGCCGAGCGGAAGAUGAAACUGCUGGCUAGGAACGACAGGAUGCUGCAGCAGUUUGAAGACUCUAUCAGCUUCAUGUCACAAAACACAGUGUGGUCACAACGUCAGCGCUUCGACAGCUUUGCCCCAGUUCGCAGGAAGAUCUACGCACAAUGGCUUGUUGAUGGCCGUGACUACAUGUGGAAUGUAUCUAGAGCCAUCAGCAUGGCUCGAGAUGUCAUCUACAUCCACGAUUGGUGGCUCAGCCCGGAGCUCUACCUACGUCGGCCAGCUGCCAUCAGUCAGAAGUGGAGACUCGACAGACUACUGCAACGCAAAGCCCAGGAGGGUGUCAAGAUCUUCGUCAUCAUGUACCGCAAUAUUGGUGCCGCUAUUCCCAUUGAUUCCGAGUACUCCAAGUUCUCUCUGCUCGACCUCCAUCCAAACAUCUUUGUGCAGCGUUCACCAAAUCAGAUCCGCCAGAACACCUUUUUCUGGUCUCAUCACGAGAAGAUCUGCGUAAUCGACCAUACAGUUGCUUUCUGUGGAGGUGUUGAUUUGUGUUUUGGUCGCUGGGAUACGCCGCAGCACGUCGUCGUGGAUGACAAGCCUACUGGUUUUGAGCUCGACGACACACCCAAGGACGCCGAUCACUGUCAGUUGUGGCCGGGUAAGGACUACUCCAAUCCUCGAGUACAGGACUUUUUUGCGCUCGACAAACCUUACGAGGAGAUGUACGACCGCUCAAAGGUCCCCAGAAUGCCGUGGCACGAUGUCGGUAUGCAGAUCGUGGGCCAGCCAGCACGCGACUUGACCCGGCACUUUGUCCAACGGUGGAACUACUUGCUGCGCCAACGUAAGCCUUCGCGGCCAACACCAUUCCUGCUGCCGCCGCCCGACUUCAACCCGGCCGAUAUCGAGGCGCUUGGACUUGACGGAACGUGCGAGGUGCAAAUCCUUCGUUCUGCAUGUGCCUGGUCACUGGGCACCCCGAACAAGGUUGAGCACAGCAUCAUGAACGCAUACGUGCAGAUGAUUUCUACCUCGGAGCACUUUGUCUACAUUGAAAACCAGUUCUACAUUAGCAGCAGCGAGGUCCUGGGUACCAAGAUUGAGAACAAGAUCAACGAUGCCCUCGUCGACCGUAUCAAGCGUGCUCAUGCAAACGACGAAGACUGGAGGGCCUGCAUCAUGCUACCUCUUAUGCCUGGAUACCAAAACACGGUCGACGAGCAAGAAGGUAGCAGUGUCCGUCUCAUCAUGACUUGCCAAUAUCACAGCAUCUGCCGUGGCGAAGGCUCCAUCUUUGGGCGUCUGAGAGCUGCUGGUAUCGAGCCAGAAGACUACAUCCACUUCUAUGCCCUGCGAUCCUGGGGCGAGAUUGGGCCGAGCAAGAUGCUGGUCACGGAGCAACUCUACAUUCACGCCAAGAUCAUGGUUGUUGACGAUCGGGUUGCCAUUAUUGGAUCUGCAAACAUCAACGAGCGCUCCAUGCUGGGAUCACGCGAUUCCGAAAUUGCAGCCAUCAUACGCGAUACCGAAUUACUCGACUCUUACAUGGGUGGCCAGCCGUACAAGGUCGGCAAGUUCCCUCACACGCUUCGUAUGCGUCUUAUGCGAGAGCAUCUGGGCGUCGACGUGGACUGCAUUUCUGAAGAGGAAAUGGCCAGUCAAAUGUCUGAUGCCGAUAGCGUCGGUUUCCGUACCGAGUCCUCUGGGCCCGGUUCGCCUACAGCUCAACGCACGACCGAACAAAAGCUAGAAGAGAACAACUACAGGAUGCAGGAUGAGCUUAUUCAAAAGGCCGAAAAUCUACACAGCUUCAACCACGACUUUGACUGGGCGCAAGACGAGAAUCCACACCUGCACAGCAACAAGAAGCCGUCAACCGACACUCGUGUGCAGAACAACGCAGCGCAUUCAAGGGAUGUCCGCGGUGAAGGCGCCGAUCACAUGCUAGAGGUGGAGCAGCUCAAGCCAGCCCUUGCCCAUGGCAGGGAUUCGUAUAUUGAUGAGCAUGGCCACGAGAAACUCGUAACGGACAUUGCAGCCGAAGGUCUGGCGGCUACACCAAAAAAGAACCCUGCCUUCAGAACGCGAAAGCGCAGCGGCACUACGGGUACUAGGAACAGUGCAACCAGCGCGUUGACCGAGGGAACUGGAUAUGCCGGCCUUCCACCUCCCAAACUCCCACGUAUGGACACGGCGAAGCUAGGCCUUACGCAACUCAGCCAGCUACCUGCAUUGCCCAUCUCAGACGACACGGACAUUGGCGGACCACCUGCUCUCCAGCGCACCGUGAGUCAAGGCUCGUCCUCGGUCCUCAACCCAAUUCUCUCCGAGAUGCGACGUCCCCUUGUGACCGAAGACUGCAUGCGCGACCCUAUCAACGACACCUUCUUCCUCGACACCUGGCACCAGAUUGCUGAGAACAACACCAAGCUGUUCCGCCAAGUUUUCCGCUGCAUGCCCGAUAACGAAGUCCGUACAUGGAAAGAGUACCAAGAGUAUACUGCCUUUGGUGAGCGCUUCGCCAAGUCUCAGGGCGGCGGCAAGGGCCAAGUACACAAGCAGCAGGGUGCGCCGACUACUACAGGACCGCCUGGUACAGGAAUUACCGGCAAGCUUAGCACAACGGCUGGCAAUGUUGGAAACAAGGUCGGAGCCUUGGGUGAGAAGCUCACUGAGAAAAUGACCAACAAUUCUGAUAGCAAGAUCAAUACCGAGCCAAACGCUCACCAGCCCAGUGUCGAGCUAUGGACAGACGACCAAGAGAGAGGAUCGCAUGCUCGUAACCCGUCUCCACUAGCAAGCCGCGGCGGCAUUCAUGUCGACACAGCUUCUGGAUCCACGCUGAAUGAGAAGCUGGCGCCAGAGCCUGCGGAUGAUGCCGUCGUAUCUCCAAUGAACGCUGCUCCACCAGAGAAGACAUUUACCUUCCCUGCUCCACCGCCUAUUCCGGACAGCUCUUACAACGAUUUCGCCUCGCAACACCCUCCUCCAACAUCACACUCGCACCGCGAACGCUCUCGCCAAGUAACCAUCAACGAGCCAGCAAACCACCCUGGUCAAACGUCUACUCCUCCAAACCGCUCUAACACGAAGCGUUCUCGUCGACGCGGCACGACCAAGAGCUCCAACAAGACGUUCAAUGCGACAGACGCCGAAAUGAUGCUUGACAAGGAAGACGCAAAGAGAGUGCUUGAAUUGGUCCAGGGCCAUCUUGUGCUUUGGCCAUAUGAUUGGCUGGAAAGCGAAGAAAAGGGUGGCGGAUGGCUGUACAACGUUGAUCAGAUUGCACCGUUGGAGAUUUAG